UGUUCAUCGCACGUGAUUAGAAGCCCAAUUAGGCAAACCCAAAUGGCAAGCGCUCGCGCCUAGAUUGCGAGGGCGAGUAGCCGCCUGAGGCAGAUUGAUGCCCCCAGCGCUGAGGCGACCUACCCGUCGCACGCAUUUGCACGAGUCUCUUUGAUUCGUAAUCUCGGUGUUCCUCCUUCUCCGAUUGGCUGCUUGUUAGAUGCGUUGAUGAAGCUGUUUCUCUAUCGAAAUCUCGUCGAUUUCGUACAAGUUUCCGACUUCCGUGCUCACGGGUUUGCAAAGGGCGGUUUGACUCGCUGAGAGGUUCAUACUGGUUGAGGAAGGGAACGAACUAUUAGUUUGUGAGAGUUUGGUCUUCUUAUUCGGCAUCAUCUUUUGCUUGUUUGGUCAUGGAAAGAAGAUCUAAUUGCACUCCGGUGGCUGAAAAUGGGGUAUUGGAUGUGAAACCAUUGAGAUCUUUGGCUCCAAUGUUCCCUGCACCAUUAGGCUUCGAUAUGGUUACACGGUCAAAUGUGCCACCCCUUGUUUGCAUCAGUCCCUUUGGCUCGUCUCUUUCAGGUCUUGAUCCUUCGCUUUUCACCCCAAAUAAAGUCCCUUCUUCCAUGAAUGAGGGAGCUGCUCAUGUUGCAACGAAGUCUGGUGCUAAUUCCUUUUGGACAGGAGGAGCAAGCAUUCUACUUGUGGAUGAUGAUGAGGAGGAGGAGAAUCCUCCUUCCAAAGGUAAAAGUCGAACCUCGGGCAAGAGAGAUAAAAAAUUACAAGCAGGAAGCUCAGGGUCAGAUGCUAAGCGCAAACGACUUAUUAAGAGUUCAAUAAAGCCACUUCCCUUGUCACUACCUAUGCCAGAUGACCCAAGAGAGUCGGUGGAUAUGAUCCUUAUGAAUUUUGAUUCACUCCGCAGGAGACUUCUUCAGGUGGAUGAGGCAAAAGAUGAGAGUAAUCAUCACUAUUUGAAAGCUGGGUCCAUUAUGUCUGCUAGGAAUGUGAAGACUAAUGUGGGAAAAAGGAUCGGAUCUAUUCCAGGAGUUGAAGUUGGAGAUAUUUUCUAUUUCAGGUUUGAGAUGAACUUGAUUGGUUUGCAUUCUCUUAGUAUGGCUGGUAUUGAUUACCUGACAACUAGUUUCGGUGACAAAGAUGAGCCUAUUGCUAUUUGUGUUGUGUCAUCCGGCGGCUAUGAGAACGAAGAGGAUGAUAUUGAUGUCUUGAUUUACAGUGGCCAGGGAGGUAGUGGCAAGAAUGACAAAAAACCAGACAACCAGAAACUGGAAAGAGGUAAUCUUGCUCUUGAUAGAAGUUUUCACAGGAAGAAUCAGAUUCGGGUUGUACGUAGUGCUAAAGAUAUUAACUGUCCAACUGGUAAAAUAUACAUCUACGAUGGACUUUAUAUGAUUGAAAGCUCAUGGACAGAGAAAAAUAAGGCAGGGUUCAACAUGUUUAAGUACAAGUUGCUAAGAGAACCAGGACAACCUGAUGGAAUUGCAAUAUGGAAAAUGACCCAGAAGUGGAAAGAAAAUCCAUCAAGUAGAGGUAAAGUGAUAUUACCUGACAUAUCAUCAGGUGCAGAAAAUAUUCCUGUUUGCCUUGUCAAUGAUGUUGAUGAUGAGAGAGGGCCAAACCAUUUUGUAUACAUAACAAGUGUCAAGUAUCCCCACCCUAUUGACAUGAUGAAGCCUCUACAGGGUUGUAUGUGCCUUAGUGUUUGUCUUCCUGGUGAUAUGAACUGCGCCUGUGCCAACCACAAUGGGGGUGAUUUACCAUACAAUUCAAUGGGUCUUCUUGUAUGUCGUAAGCCAUUGAUUUAUGAGUGUUGCUCAUCUUGCCAAUGCACAUUUAAUUGCCGAAAUAGGGUGACUCUCAAGGGUAUCAGGCUUCACUUUGAAGUUUUCAGGACAAGUGAUCGUGGUUGGGGCCUUCGUUCAUGGGACCCUAUUAGAGCAGGUACAUUUAUUUGUGAAUAUACAGGUGAGGUUAUUGAUAGGAGCAAAAUUGAAGAUGAAAUUGAUGAGGAUGAGUAUAUCUUUCAAGCUACUUAUCUCGGUGAAAAAGCAAUGGGAUUCAAUUGUAGGCCUGAAUUAUUGGAAGAGGCAGAAUUAAGUACCGAAACUGAGGUGUUUAGGUCAUUUCCCAUUACAUUAAGCGCAAAGAAUUCUGGCAACAUAGCACGUUUUAUUAAUCAUAGCUGCUCGCCAAAUGUCUUCUGGCAACCUGUUUUAUAUGAUCAUGGUGAUGAAGAGUAUCCACAUAUAAUGUUCUUUGCAAUGAAGCACAUUCCUCCUAUGACUGAACUGACAUAUGAUUAUGGUCCUGGGACUGGAUCAAUCCGUAAUAAGAAGUGCUUGUGUGCAGCUCCAAAUUGUCGAGGCUAUUUUGGAUAAAACUUCUUCAAGUACCAUAAGCAAUCUUCAGUCACUCAAGAUAUCGAGAUGCUCUUAUAUUUAACCUGAUUGUGAACUCAGGAUUUAGAAAGACUAGACGGAUUGUGUUAUAAAAUCUCGAAGGUGUGCCGGUUACACUGUACCAUUCACUAUUGGUUAUAGCUCUUCGUAAUCCUAUGCUUUGAUAUUCCUUUUUCCCCUGAAACAGUACUGAACAGAUCUGCAUGCUCUGAGAACACUUGGAUACUUCCGGCAACAGGGCUUGCUUCCAGUUUCAGGUAUUUUGAUCUCUCAUGCAUACGACGGAAGACAACAUCUUCGUGGCCGUGGCGUACGUGGAACUGAUACAUCUUCGUGGCCGGUAGUCUUCACUGUGGACUACUGGACAUCUUGUUUUGGAAGUGUAGCAUGUCUGUUUCAUUAGCAACACAGAUGGUAGCUUGAUGUGCAGAACUAAACCUAGUUUCUUUGCGAUAGGUAGUUUUUUUCCAUAACUGUACUUUUCGAGCAAUACUUAGCAUGAUUACUCUAUUCUUUCUGUGAUAGACAACUCUUGCUUCGAAGAUCAUUCAUCUGUUGGAAAGAGGU